AUGGCCAACGUGAGUUCCGUGCAGGCAGAGCGGCAGGCGGAUCGCACGGCUCUGACCCUUCACGGUCACCAGAGCUUCUCUUUCGCGGAAUUUCUGCACAGAGUUGACAAGGUCUCCAGUGGGCUGGCAGAUUUGGGGUUCGCCCACGGCGACCGGCUGGGUGUUUGGAUGCCCAAUCGCGGGGAGUGGUUGGAGCUCCAACUUGCCACUGCCAAGCUCGGCGUCAUCCUCGUCAACGUCAAUCCAGACUACAGGCUGCCCGAACUCGAGUACGCCUUGAACUUGGUGGCUUGCAAGGGGCUCGUGAUGGUUCCCAGGCUCUCUUCAGACUGCCUGGGGAUGAUGCAGGACCUCUGCCCAGAGCUUGCCAGUACCCGAGGCGAGCUUCACAGCGCCCGCUUACCAUCUCUGCGCCGCGUCGUCGUGGCCGGUGGUGUUGCCGGCGCUGGCAUGCUCGAGUACGAGAGCCUCUACAGGGCCAAGCCUGCCUUAGAGGCUAGAACGACAUGUGAUGACGCCAUCAAUCAGGCUUCGACGCUCACUCACAGGGGUAUUCUUAACAACGCCUACUUCCUAGGUCUGACUAUGCGGUACACGGAGCAAGAUGUGGUUUGCGUGCCGGUGCCUCUCUACCAUUGUUUCGGUUGUGUCAUGGGUAACCUCAGCAUGGUGGUUUUCGGUUGCACUCUUGUCUAUCCGUCGCCUCGUUUUGACCCGCUUCUGACGCUGCAUGCCACCGUAGAACAUCAUUGCACGUCAUUAUAUGGGGUGCCCACCAUGUUCAUCGCUAUGUUGGACCAUCCGGAGUUCUCCAAAUUUAAGUUUGAGGUUCUUCGCACUGGAAUUAUGGCAGGAGCUCUGUGCCCAGUGGAAACGAUGAGUCGAGUGAUCAAAGACAUGGGGGCGAAUGAGGUGACAAUUGCUUAUGGCAUGACCGAGACCUCCCCAGUUUCUUGGCAGACGCGGAUUGGUACACCACUGGACUUGACAUGCACAACAGUCGGCCAGAUUUGUCCCCAUACUGAAUGCAAGGUCGUCGAUCCUGAGGCAUGGACGGUCCUUCCAUGCGGCGAGCCUGGCGAGCUGUGGACGGCGGGUUAUCUCGUCAUGUCAGGCUAUUGGGGUAACCCGAAGGCCACAGCUGAGUCCAUCAUCGAACAAGACGGCCACCGAUGGAUGCGCACUGGUGACCUCGCAGUGAUUUCGGAGGCGGGCUUCUGCCAGAUUGUCGGCCGCAUUAAGGACAUGAUCCUGCGCGGUGGUGAGAACAUCUUCCCAAAGGAGGUGGAGGUGCCGCUGAUGUCACACCCUGACAUCCUCCUCGCCGAGGUCAUCGGCGUCCCGGACCACCGACUCGGAGAGCAGGUGUGUGCCUGGGUGCGGUGGCGCGGCGGCGCUCCCCGGGGGGCCGAGGCGGCGGCGGCCGCGCAGCGCAUCCGCGACUUCCUGAGGGAGAGGGUCGCGCACUUCAAGGUCCCGAAGUACAUCCUCUUCAAGGACGAGUUCCCCUUGACGGCCUCGAACAAGGUCCGGAAGGUCGAGGUGCGCGAGAUCACCGCCGCGGAGUUGGGCUUGGUCCGGCCGCCCUCGAAGCUCUGA